AUGGCCAAAGCGCCACCGUCCUUCUCUCUCAACCUCCUCCUUCUCAUCUCCGCCGCCGUAUUCCUCACCCUCCCGGCCGUGAUCUCCGCCAUCGGUGUGAACUACGGCACGCUCGGAAACCUCCCGCCACCUUCUCAGGUGGCGAAUUUCAUCAAGACUCAGACUACGAUCGAUAGCGUUAAGAUCUUCGAUGUGAAUCCUGAUAUCCUCCGUGCCUUCGCCGGAACUGGAAUCUCCGUCGUCGUCACCGUCCCCAACGGUGAUAUUCCGGCGUUAGCUAACGGAAGGCAGGCCCGUCGGUGGGUUUCGGCAAACAUCUUGCCGUUUCAUCCUCAGACGAAGAUCAAGUAUAUCUCUGUCGGAAAUGAGAUUCUGCUCACCGGAGAUAAUAACAUGAUCUCGAAUCUGUUACCGGCGAUGAGGAAUAUUAACAGUGCUUUGGUCCGUGCUGGUGUCAAAGAUGUUAAGGUCACAACCGCACACUCACUUAACAUCAUAGCCUAUGACCUGAAAGGCGCACCAAGCAGCGGUCGAUUCAGACCGGUAUGGGACAAGAACAUAUUGGCACCAAUCCUUGCUUACCAUCGAAAGACCAAGUCUCCAUUCAUGAUUAACCCUUACCCUUACUUCGGUUUCGACCCCAAAAACGUCAACUUCGCCAUUUUCCGUACACCGUACAAGGCGGUCCGUGACCCUUACACCCGCAAAGUCUACACCAACAUGUAUGAUGCUCUCAUGGACUCCACUUACUCAGCCAUGAAAGCUCUUGGAUACGGAGAUGUCAACAUCGUCGUCGGCGAGACCGGAUGGCCAUCCGCUUGUGACGCACCUUGGUGCUCCCUUGAAAACGCUGCUUGGUUCAACCUCAACAUCAUCAAACGUUCGCAAGGCCAAGGAACACCUCUCAUGCCUAACAGACGUUUCGAGACUUACAUUUUCGGUCUGUUCAACGAAGAAAACAAGCCUGGUCCGACCGCAGAGCGUAACUGGGGGCUUUUCAGACCGGAUUUCACCCCGGUUUACAACGUUGGUCUUCUCCGUAACGGACAAGGCGGUGGAGGUGGCCGUCCAGCAUUGCCGGCUCCUAGUACCGGCGGUGGUAAAUGGUGUGUGGCGAAGUCGGGAGCGACAGAUGCGCAGCUGCAAGGGAAUAUUGAUUGGGUGUGUAGCCAGGGAGGUGUUGAUUGUAAACCGAUCCAAACCGGUGGUUCGUGCUUUAACCCAAGCAGUGUGAGGACGCACGCGUCUUUUGUGAUGAACGCUUACUUCCAGAAAAAUGGACGCAAUGAUGGGUCGUGUAAUUUCAGUGGGACCGGUGUUGUCGUAGGGAACAACCCAAGCAAUGGUGCAUGUAGGUACUAA